CAGAGUGGGAGGGAGGGUGAGGGGGGUGGCGGGGGGCACGAGCCCCCAGCCAGGCAUGGGGUCUGUUGUCAACAGGCACAGAGGAGGCAUCAGCAGACAGCUGCCCUGAGCCCAGCCGCUUCCACCCAGCUACACAACCUCCAGCGACCCAGCCUGCCUUAACCCCGACCUCCACCAACCCAACCUGCCUUAACCCAGGCCUCCAGCUCCCAAGCCUCCACCUACCCAGCCUCCAGCCAACCAACCUCUGGAAACCCAACACUCCACCAAACCCGGGCCUCCACCUACCCAAUCUGCCGCAACCCAGCCUCUAGCAACCCGGGCCUCCACCCACCAGACCCCCAGCUACCUGACCUCCAGCCUCCAGUACCAGCCUGAAGGAAACAGCCUGGGCAUGCCGACCUCCGGAGGAGCAGACUCAAAAGGGGAGGACUACUCAACUGCCAUCCUCAAACAGAAGCACCGCCCCAACCGGCUCAUUGUGGACGAGGCCCAGAAUGAAGACAACAGUAUCGUGUGCCUGUCUCAGGUGAAGAUGGAGGAGCUGCAGCUCUUUCGGGGGGACACCGUGGUGCUGCGGGGAAAGAAGCGGCGGCAGACGGUCUGCAUCGUGCUGACGGACGACUCCUGCCCCGAGGAGAGGGUGCGCAUGAACCGCGUCACGCGCAACAACCUGCGCGUCCGCCUUGGCGACGUCGUCAGCAUCCAGGCCUGCCCAGAUGUGAAAUACGGCAAACGCAUCCACGUGCUGCCCAUCGACGACACAAUCCAAGGGCUGACGGGGAACCUGUUCGAGGUCUUCCUCAAACCGUACUUCCUGGAGGCGUACCGACCUGUGCAUAAAGGGGAUAUCUUCCUGGUCAGGGGGGGCAUGCGAGCAGUGGAAUUUAAGGUGGUGGAGACAGACCCCACCCCCCAUUGCAUCGUUGCCCCGGACACAAUCAUCCACUGCGAGGGGGAGCCUAUAAAGAGAGAGGAUGAGGAGGAGAGUCUGAAUGACAUUGGGUACGAUGACAUCGGAGGGUGCCGCAAACAGCUGGCCCAGAUCAAGGAGAUGGUGGAACUCCCACUCCGCCACCCGGGUCUCUUCAAAGCCAUCGGAGUGAAGCCCCCACGAGGCAUUCUGCUCUAUGGCCCCCCAGGAACAGGGAAAACUUUAGUGGCCCGCGCUGUCGCCAACGAGACUGGAGCCUUCUUCUUCCUCAUCAACGGCCCUGAGAUCAUGAGCAAGCUGGCGGGGGAGUCUGAGAGUAACCUGCGCAAGGCCUUCGAGGAGGCGGAGAAAAACGCCCCUGCCAUCAUCUUCAUCGAUGAGCUGGACGCCAUCGCGCCCAAGAGGGAGAAGACCCAUGGGGAGGUGGAGAGGAGGAUAGUCUCUCAGCUCCUCACCCUGAUGGAUGGCCUGAAGCAGCGGGCCCACGUCAUCGUCAUGGCAGCCACCAACCGCCCGAACAGCGUGGACCCCGCCCUGCGGCGAUUUGGGAGAUUUGACAGGGAGAUCGACAUCGGGAUCCCGGACUCCACAGGCCGCCUGGAGAUCCUGCAGAUUCACACAAAGAACAUGAAGCUGGCGGACGAUGUGGACCUGGAGAGGAUCGCCAUGGAGACGCACGGGCACGUGGGGGCGGACCUGGCGGCGCUGUGCUCUGAGGGGGCCCUGCAGGCCAUCCGCAAGAAGAUGACCCUCAUCGACCUGGAGGACGAGACCAUAGACGCCGACCUCCUCAACUCGCUAGCAGUAACCAUGGACGACUUCCGGUGGGCGCUGAGUCAGAGCAACCCCUCAGCCCUGAGGGAGACUGUGGUGGAGGUUCCCCAGGUGAACUGGGAGGACAUCGGGGGUCUGGACGAUGUGAAGAGAGAGCUGCAGGAGCUUGUGCAGUACCCCGUGGAGUACCCCGACAAGUUCCUGAAGUUUGGGAUGACCCCCUCUCGAGGUGUUCUCUUCUACGGACCCCCGGGAUGCGGCAAGACCCUUCUGGCCAAGGCCAUCGCCAACGAGUGCCAGGCCAACUUCGUCUCCAUCAAGGGGCCGGAGCUGCUGACCAUGUGGUUCGGCGAGUCAGAGGCCAACGUCAGGGACGUCUUCGACAAGGCGCGGCAGGCAGCCCCUUGCAUCCUUUUCUUCGAUGAGCUGGACUCCAUCGCCAAGGCUCGUGGGGGUGGAGCCGGCGACGCAGGGGGCGCAGCCGACCGUGUCAUCAACCAGAUCCUGACAGAGAUGGACGGCAUGACCAACAAAAAGAAUGUGUUCAUCAUUGGAGCCACAAACAGGCCUGACAUCAUAGAUCCUGCCAUCUUGCGUCCGGGUCGUCUGGACCAGCUGAUCUACAUCCCCCUGCCUGAUCUGCCGUCCCGGACAGCUAUCCUGACCGCCAACCUGCGCAAGUCACCUGUGGCCCGUGACGUGGACCUGGCAUACCUGGCCAGAAUCACAGAGGGGUUCUCUGGAGCCGACCUGACAGAGAUCUGCCAGCGCGCCUGUAAACUGGCCAUCCGGGAGUCCAUCGAGGCCGAGAUCCGCGUGGAGAGACAGAGGCAGUCCCACCCAGACACCGCCAUGGAUGAGGACUACGACCCGGUGCCGGAGAUCAGGAAGGAUCACUUCGAGGAGGCCAUGCGUUUCGCUCGCCGCUCCGUCAGCGACAACGACAUCCGCAAGUACGAGAUGUUCGCCCAGACGCUUCAACAGAGCCGCGGCUUCGGAAACUUCAGGUUCCCCUCGGGAUCUGGGGGUCAGGGGUCAGGCUCAGGCGGCAGAGACCCAGGAAACCUGUACAGAGAUGAGGGGGACGACGACCUGUACCAGUGAGCAAGGGGGACAGACGCCGAAACUACACCCCCACCCCCCAGCCCCUCCUGCUAGCAGUGGCGUGGCUUCUCCUUCUCGGACGGGACACCUCAUGAUGAAACGUUGCCUUCUUUUAGCUGGGGUUUGUAGGUGAUGGGCUGACAAUGCAGUAUAGAAACAAGCCUUAAUAAUCAUAGUCAGGAACAGUGGUGCACUUAUAUUGCACAUUAACAUGUAAGAAUUUUCAGAAUGUUUUACUGCGAAAGGGGACUAACCUGUCUCUUAUGACAUGAAAGUGGAGCAUCCACAUAGGUGGUGUGCAGCAGGAAUUUGGUGCGAAACCAAACAAACUCACCACACAUCACCACGUACAUGUUGGCAGACAUUUUUUGUAUUGUUUUUCAGCUGUAUUUAUUGUGUAAUUUAGGCAUUACAAGUUUGACAUUGCGCAAUAGCACAGGGGUGAGUGACACUGGUAGAGUCUGAUUUUUAAAGAGCAGCAUUGGAUGGUUGGAUAUGAAAGGCUCUGACUGUGGCAUGAAUGUAUCAAUAAAAAUUCUGAUAUUAGUUAUUUACAAGCACUUUCCUUCACCAGUCAUUUCAUUGUUGUUAUUUUAGAAUUUAGUUAUUAGUAUUAUCAUCCAACUUUGUGUCAUGUACGUUACUUAAUUCCACAUUAGCCAACUGUUUAAGGAAUACAUGUUACUUUUCACUUCAACAGUUUAACAACUUGUUUGAAACAGAUUAUGAUCAACCCUAUCAAAUUUCAUUAAAAAAAAUGAAAAUUACUCUGAAGUAAGCCGGCUAGCUAUAACAGAACACCUAGUGCCCUGUGCACUAAAAACCAAAAGGGCUUCAGCUCUGGAGAAGUGGAUCAAUGCCCUCUGUCUAGUAACUUGUGAAGCAAGUUAUGUUUAUGUUAGCAAAUAUUAUGGGAGCAAGCUGUAUCCCCUUGACAGAGACACAGCCAAUGUGUUUCGAGAGCUGAAAAUGCCCCUGCAUAGGAAUAUUCUGAAAUAAAGGGGGUGUGGCUUUUAGUUUCAGACAGGAAGUGAAACAUCUUUGCAGAGAGGGUAGUCACUUUACUGUGGGUAGCUAGAUAGCUAUGCCCCCUGAGAGAGAUGGUGUAAUGUAGCCAACUAGCAAAUGCAAUGUCACACCCAACACAAACUGUACUGACUCAUCGCU